UGCAGGAUCAACGGAUGCAGCUGUCAUGUUGCGGCGAUGUUGUUUUGCUUUCGAUUCAGCUGCGGAUCAAAAGAAGUAGUUCUCCUUCUCUUGCGCUGCUCCUGCUGCCUUUGUGAACAUCGGACCGGCCAUGGCCAGCGUCCGGGAGCUGUAUGACCUGCUGUUCUCGUCGCAGAAAAAUAUCGAAAACCAAUCGUUCGAAAAUGUGUCCGCUAUCGUCCAGAAACGGUUUAUCACUCCGACUACCUGGUUUCAAGUUGGAUCAACGUUGGCUUUGCUGUUGCUGCAGGAAGAUAUAGCCCUGCCGGUGCAUCGGCUGGCCGCGAUAUACGUACUGUACGAUAUCCGACGUAAGGAGCAACCGGAAUCACCAUUCUAUUUGUAUUUGGCACGUUUUCUCGAUCCGAUGGGUGGUUCACUGCCGGCCACCGUUACCAAUCCGGCCCGUGCCAUCGAGCUGAAGUUUAUUCAUGUGCUUCUGUCGAACGGUGAUCCAGAGAUCGAGAAGAAAAAUUCGAGGCUCUUCUGCCAACUGUACGUCACUCAGCCACCGAUCGGCCAAACGGAGAUGGCGUACAUCAAGGCAAAGGUGAACGAGAAACUGAAGGAGCUUCCGCUGACGGUGCGUUCGAACAUUUUGAACGUCAUCCCGGCCAUCCAGAUGAUACCAGGACGGGAGCAGGGUCACAAAAAUUACACCGGAGCCGCAAUCGAAGAGCUGCUGGCGGCUAUGACCGUACAUCCGAGCAACCCGCUCACGAACGCACUCGCACCGACCUUCAUGUCCGUUGCGCCGCCCUUGCUUUCCUGCGAAGAUGAACUGAUCUGGCUUGAUCUGGGUAGCCCAUCGUACCACAAGCCGGUGUACAACAGCUGCAGUGAUGCUGAGUCAACGCCCGAUAAGUGCCUUCGGACACUGCUUAUGCAAUCGUUCCGCCAGGCGCUCAGCAUUGCCGAUCAGCAGACGCUACUGAACGAGCUCGAGAAAGACACCCAGCAGACACACCUGACAUGCGUUACACCGGAAAAGCUUCCCAAUCUGAUCGAAUACAAUCCUCUGAUCGCGAUCGAGAUCUUGAUGAAAAUGCUAAAAACGCGCCACAUCAACGCCUACCUGGACGAAAUCGUUGGCAUGGAGCUGUCGCUACACUCGAUGGAGGUGGUGAACCGCUUAACGACCUCCGUCGAUCUACCGGCCCACUUUGUUCAUCUGUACAUCGUGAACAGUAUCGCGACCUGCUCGACGAUCAAGGACAAGUACAUGCAGAACCGGCUCGUGCGGUUGGUUUGCGUGUUUCUGCAGAGCUUGAUCCGCAACAAAAUUAUCGAUGUGAAGCAGCUGUACAUCGAGAUCGAAGCGUUUUGCAUCGAGUUUAGCCGAAUCCGGGAGGCGGCUGCUCUCUAUCGAUUACUGAAGCAACUCGAGCUAGAUCAGGGCACCGUGGCCGGUGUUAGCAACACACAGCAAAAGGAACAAAGUUGAUUCUCAUUCGCGAGCCUCUGGAGUGACUAGAAACGUGUUCGAAUUGAACCUUAUGUGAGGUAAUAUAAAUCGUACGUGAUGAACCCAGUGCUAUUCUCAAUAGCUGAUGUACUAAAAAGAAAACCAAUGAAGCCCCCCUUGGAGAUUAUUUUUUC